AUGGGAACUCAACACUCUUCACCAAUAAAAUUUGCUUGUGUAUCCUGUUAAUCGAAUGAUAAUGAAUUUGCUGUAAUAUCAAAUAUGAUAUAAUAGGGAGUCGAUUGGAAAAAGCAUCUCCAAAGGGAAUGUGAAUCAAUAAAAGAUCGAUGUAAAUGGGCAAAAUAUUUUUUAUCAUAAAUUUAUAGUGGAUUAAAAUCUCAACCAAUUGAAGGCUAUAUAAUCUAAUUUUAAUCAGCCAAUCAAUAGUACAAGAGUAUGAUAUCUAAAAUAUUCUUAGGUUAGUUUCUUAAAAAUUCGCGAAAAAGUCAAAGUUAUUCUAGCAAUCCAAAUUUAUCAAUUAAGCAGAGUUCAGAAACAUCUAUCAAGCAAUUAAUUUUAAACACAGAUUUAACCAUAUAAUAACUAGAAAUUCAAACUAAUACUAUUUUGAAUAAAUAAGAAGCAUCUGUGUCCUUAUAAAUAAUUGAGAAAAAACAAAUUAGUGAAAGCUUUGACAAAGAAGACUAAUUACUGAUUUCUCAAUUAUCAUACUAUGUAGACAUGAUUAAAUUGUUAAAGCAAUAGAUAAGCAAUUAGGAUCAUCAACUAAAUGUGAUUCUACAUUUUUUUAUUGAUUCAUUUAAAAGACAAUAUAAUAUGGAUCGUUGUUCUAAGCAAUUAGAUCAUGCUGUUACAGAUUUAAAAGAAUUUUCAAGAGUGUUUCAAUCUUGUAUUUAAAAUUACUAUUCAAUUGAAAAAACUUAAAUGUCUACAGGGCCUGUUACCGAUCUAUUCAAUAGAGAAACUAUGUUAACUGCUAUUUAUUCUAUGUUGUUUUAAAAAGAAAUUACAUAUUAAAUCAUUUAUGAUAUGAUUUUGGAAUACCUCAGAAAAGAUAUUGAUAAAUUAAAAACCAAUAUAGAAAAGUGUUACAAUCAUGAAAUAGACUUCUAUGAGAUUAAUGUGAAAUAUAGACUUAAUAAAUCUACGCAUUCGUAUUUACUAAAAAAAUAUUCGAAUUGUGAAAUUAAUUAUAGAGAUGGAAUUCCUUAUCAUAAAUGCUUUAAACUUUUAGCUUAAAUAAAAGAGAAAUAAUCUCCUUAAUAAAAACUCAAAGCCUUAAUCUAUUGUUUAGAGAAGAUUAUUAAAUAGAUUAAACAUUUCUACAAUAUAUAUGGUUGCGAAUAUGAUUUUCAAAUUGAAUCGGCUGAUCUUAUCUCAAUAUAUAUGUACAUAAUAAUCAAAUCUUAGCUUUUUGAUUUAUAAGUUCAUCUGUAUUUCAUUGAACAUUUUAUUAAUACCAAUCAAAUUAAUUAUGGCCCUUAUGGCUAUUACUUAACUUCAAUAAAUGCAGCCAUAAGAAUGAUUUUAUUAUAAUAAAAUUGA